CUUACGCAUGUCUAUUCAUUUUUUUGGCCACAGAAGCUACAACAAGGACUUGACUGCUUGAAAACCUUCAUGCGACCCUCCGCUCUCUCCAUCAUGUUGUUAUUACAGUUUUGAGCUCGCUUGUGUGUUUUGUUUGUCUGAGUUGAGUGGUACCAGCAGGAGCAGGAGGAGGAGGAGGAGGGAAGAGGAGAGAAAAACCCCAGCAGGAGAAAAAAAAGAGAAAAAUGCAACAUUGGACUGCUGCUCGUGUGUUAUUUCUGCACCGAUAAGGCGACUCAAACUGCGCGGACUGCGCGAAUACAACACGUUUAAAGCUUUUGUUCUCUCCAAUGCUCGGCCACUAGAAGAGGAACAGAGGAAAGCGCUGCUACGCUGCAAGUCCGGGAUCAUCACCUUUUAAAGACCCCAAGACGGUGCUCGACCUGCAGGGUAGAUAGCCCUAAAAGCCCGAGGAGCGAUGUCAUCCACGAAAUUCAAGAAGGAUAAGGAGAUCAUAGCGGACUAUGAGACCCAAGUGAAAGAGAUCCGCAACCAGCUGGUGGAGCAGUUCAAAUGCUUGGAGCAACAGUCUGAAUCUCGUAUCCAGCUGCUGCAGGACCUGCAGGACUUCUUCCGCCGAAAAGCGGAGAUUGAACUGGAAUAUUCCCGCAGCUUAGAGAAAUUGGCCGAGAGGUUCUCCUCCAAGAUCCGAAGCUCCAGGGAACACCAACAGUUCAAGAAAGACCAGCACCUGCUGUCCUCAGUAAACUGCUGGUACCUGGUGCUGAACCAGACGAGGAGAGAGAGCCGGGACCAUGCCACCCUCAGCGACAUCUACACCAACAAUGUCAUUGUUCGCUUGGCCCAGAUCAGCGAAGACAUCAUCCGCCUGUUCAAGAAGAGCAAGGACAUUGGAAUCCAGAUGCACGAGGAGCUGGUGAAAGUGACAAAUGAACUUUACACUGUGAUGAAAACAUACCACAUGUACCACACUGAGAGCAUCAGUGCAGAGAGCAAGUUGAAGGACGCUGAGAAGCAGGAAGAGAAGCAGUUCAGCAAGUCCGGAGAUCUCAACGUCAACCUCCUGCGCCACGAUGACCGCCAACCAAGACGCAGCUUCGUCAGGAAAAUUGAGAAGAUGAAAGAGAAGAGGCAAGCCAAGUACUCAGAGAAUAAGCUGAAAUGCACAAAAGCCAGGAAUGACUAUUUGUUGAACUUGGCAGCAACAAACGCAGUUGUGGCAAAAUAUUACAUCCAUGACGUCUCUGAUAUGAUCGAUUGCUGUGACCUGGGCUACCACGCUAGCUUGGCACGCACCCUCAGGACCUACUUAUCUGCUGAGUAUAACUUGGAGACAUCACGCCACGAGGGACUGGAUAUCAUAGAGAAUGCGGUGGACAACCUGGAUUCCCGCAGUGACAAGCACAAGAUAAUGGAUAUGCAUAACCAGGUGUUCUGCCCUCCAAUGCGCUUUGAGUACCUGCCACACAUGGGAGAUGAGGUGUGCCAGGUGAGCGCCCAGCAGCCUGUCCAGACUGAACUCCUGAUGCGCUACCACCAACUGCAGUCUCGCUUAGCUACGCUAAAGAUUGAGAAUGAGGAGGUGAGAAAGACCUUGGAUGCCACCAUGCAAACACUGCAGGACAUGCUGACAGUAGAGGACUUUGACAUGUCGGAUGCCUUUCACCACAGCCGCUCCACUGAAUCCAUUAAGUCCGUGGCCUCCGAGUUCUACAUGAGCAAGCUGAAUGUAGCCAAGAGGAGGGCGAACCAACAGGAGACUGAAAUGUUUUACUUUUCUAAAUUCAAGGAGUUCCUGAAUGGCAGUAACCUCAUCAUUAAGCUGCAGGCCAAGCAUGACUUACUGAAGCAGACACUGGGCGAAGGGGAAAGGGCUGAAUGUGGAACUACAAGGCCACCCACCCUUCCCCCUAAACCACAGAAAAUGCGGAAGCCUAGGCCACGCUCCCAGUAUAACCAUAAGCUGUUUAACGGCAAUAUGGAGACCUUCAUCCAGGAUUCAGGUCAACCAAUCCCACUUGUUGUCGAAAGCUGUAUCAGAUACAUCAACCUAUACGGCCUGCAGCAGCAAGGCAUAUUUCGCGUGCCGGGGUCACAGGUGGAAGUCAAUGAUAUUAAGAACUCAUUUGAGAGAGGUGAGGAUCCCUUGAUUGAUGACCAGAAUGAGCAUGAUAUCAACUCAGUGGCUGGGGUGCUGAAGCUGUACUUCAGAGGACUGGAGAACCCCAUCUUUCCAAAGGAGCGCUUUCUGGACUUCAUCUCUACCAUCAAGCUGGAGUCUGGAGCUGAGAGAGCGCAUCACAUCCAGCAGAUUACUGUGACUCUUUCUCGCACAAUCAUAAUCGUCAUGAGAUACCUUUUUGCGUUUCUCAAUCAUCUCUCCCAGUACAGUGAUGAGAACAUGAUGGAUCCAUACAAUUUGGCAAUCUGCUUUGGUCCAACCCUGAUGCCUAUCCCAGACGGACAGGAUCCUGUAUCGUGCCAGGCCCAUGUUAACGAGGUCAUCAAGACCAUCAUCACCCACAAUGAACUCAUCUUUCCCAAUCAACGUGAGCUGGACGGCCCAGUGUAUGAAAAGUGCAUGACUGGGGGGGAGGAGUACUGUGACAGCCCACACAGUGAACCAGGAACUAUUGACGAGGCUGACAAUGGAACUGAACCACACACCAGUGAUGAAGAGGUCGAACAGAUAGAGGCCAUCGCUAAGUUUGACUACGUGGGACGUACUCCCAGGGAGCUGUCCUUCAAAAAGGGAGCCUCUCUGCUUCUGUAUCACAGAGCAUCUGAAGACUGGUGGGAGGGACGUCACAACGGGGUGGAUGGCCUCAUCCCACAUCAGUACAUUGUAGUACAAGACCUGGAUGAUGCUUUCUCAGAUAACCUCAGCCAGAAAGCAGAUAGUGAAGCGAGCAGUGGACCAUUGCUGGAUGAUAAGGCUUCAUCCAAAAAUGAUGUCCCGUCUCCAUGUGAACAAUCACCUGAUUACAACUUUGGAGGAGUAAUGGGGAGGGUGAGGCUACGGUCCGACGGAGCUGCCGUCCCUCGUCGUCGGAGUGGUACAGACACCCACAGCCCAACCAGAGUGGCUGACACUCCGCCAAGGGCCGCAGCCUGUCCCAGCAGCCCCCACAAGGUGUCCAUCAGCAAGGCUCGUAUUGAGAGCCCAGAAAAGAGGCGCAUUGGCACCUUUGGCAGUGCAGGAAGCAUCAACUACUCGGACAGGAAGGCCUAUCCUGAGGGCCACCCUCUGAGACCCGUGCCGGGGGCCACGCGUCACAGCAGCCUCGGGGACCACAAAUCACUGGAGACUGAAGCUCUAGCUGAGGACAUAGAGAAGACUAUGACUACAGCGCUCCAUGAGCUCCGUGAGCUGGAGCGACAGAACACCGUAAAGCAGGCUCCUGAUGUGGUCUUGGACACUCUGGAGCCCAUGAAGAACCCAAUAAGCUCUGAACCUGGCAGUCCUCUGCACACCAUUAUGAUCCGUGACCCGGAUGCAGCCAUGCGCCGCAGUAGCAGCUCUACCUCUGAGAUGAUGACCACCUUCAAACCGGCUCUCUCUGCACGGCUGGCUGGCGCUCAGCCGCCCCCACCCAUGAGGCCAGUGCGCCCUCCUCCUACUCAGCAUCGCUCGAGCAGCUCCAGCUCUUCAGGGGUCGGCAGUCCUGCUGUAACUCCCACUGAGAAGAUGUUUCCGACUAACAGUACAGCUGCUGCUUCUAACAUGAAUACGUCCAGUGAUGCUGGAGAUAAGUCUGGUACAAUGUAGCAGAGGUGGUAAGGCUGUAAAGCCUCCUAAUUGAGGGGAAAGCAUAUGAGAUAAGUGCUGAUAUGUGAAGGCAGAUAUGGAUAUUUUCCUCUCUGUUUUAUGCCUGACUUAAUUCAUAUAUUCAGGAAGCUCUUGAAGCGAGCCUUCAAUAUGUUACCAUGGUGAUAAAGCGGUGGAAGUAGCUGUAGAGGUGUGAUAGCGGAAAGCUCCACUCUCUUUGAAACUUGAUUUAAUUAAAAAAAUGUGUGUAAGAAUACAUACAUUCAGAUUUACCUCAGUUUCAAGAAAAAAAAAAACUGUGGCCAUGUUCUUAGCCCAGAGAUACAAUGAAUGCAAGUGAAGCAAUACUUGUGUGACAUUUAGUAUUAGUUUCCACACAGCACACGUUGUCCAGCCGAUGUUUCAGUCACUCCUGCUGAUGUGUAGGAAACACCUCAUCUGGACGGGUGACAUUCAGGCUUAAACACCAUGUUUGUUUACCAUUUAGCUCCCAGGCCUUAUGGCUGUACAUACAAACUUACUUGAAGUCCCCAUGCUUUCUUUUUGUACUAUAAUACAGUGGAUGUUGAGCAAAGUAACAACUUAGUGACAUUAUAUUCUUCUGCAUGCGGGGUUUGGAGAAAAUGAGGAAAACAUUAUAGAUUCUCUACAUUGAGAAAUGAUGAUGUGGCAUUUUCUCAUAUAGUCAUUGGAAGUUUAAAAUAUUUGUCUGAAAACAAAGUAAUACGUGGGGAUCUUACAGGAUUUUAUUUUAAAUCUGCCAUCUGUGUGGUACUCGGUGUUUCCCCUGAAGUCAUCCUGUUCACAGCUAAACAUAAAAACAUCCUGGCAUGAAGAUGAUUUCUGGAGUCUGAGACAUACUAACCACAACUUAGCAAAGCAAGUUGUCCUUCACCAUCAUGUACGGUUGGACUGUGGGCAGACUUAACUAUUGCAUCAACUAAUGUACUGUAGGAAUCCUGUGUUAACCUUGUACAUAAUAUAUAGCUAAUAAUUUAAAGUGUUAAUCUUGUACAUGCUGAUACAAAAAAAGCAAAAGGUUGGCUGGGAAUGGCACUUAGAUUUAAGAUCAUUAACCACCUUUUAUCUUCUUCAGUAAACUACAAACGUUCUUUUUAACCGUGUAAAAUAGAGUUAAAAUAGUUUACCUUGUGCUGUGAGCUUAGAAUGCAUUUGGUAAUUGUACUGUAGAAAAACGGAUUGCUGUUGAAAGGACAAUGAAGCCUGAAUAAAUGUUUGCCUCAUUAUGUUUUUUACACACACACACAUUUUCACCCUCCGUUCACAAACGAACUGCCGCAAAUCUAAUUCGGAUGAUCGAAUGAUUGCAUAAGAUACAUGGAAAAAUCCCCUCUGACAGUUCCUCUCUCAAAUUUAAAAUGUGAUACUUACCUAAAAAGGAAGAAGUAGAAGUAGAUGUUGUGACAUACUGUUAUUACAGUUAUCACACCUUCUUGCUUUUUUCUUAUCCUUGUUGAUAGAUACAGUUAUGCAGUUAUGCUACAGUUAUGUAAACUAUUUCUUCAGUUAGAAGAAAACUAAAUAGAUUUCAGUGUUUAUAUCUACUGUACCUCUUGUCAUUCUGACAGCUCUAGUCCAGAUAACUUAUUAUCCGCAUCCCAAAGAGCCUGCUCUGUUCUGCAUGUUUUGCGCUGUAAUGUCUGACUCAUAUUCUGCGGCAGUUAAACAAUGGCUGUAUGUGGUGCCUUGCCUUGGUAAAAUGCACAAAUUAAUUCAAUAUUGGAUUCUUUUUCUUUUUUUUAAGAAAUGGUUCUUAACAUUUAUGGGGAUUAGGAAUGAUGAAUUAAAAUAAAAGUGAAAGAGAACAAUGCUUGAUUGAGUGAAAUCAACUUAAAUAUUAGCAUGUAAACCAGAUUCCACUGUCAACUGCAGUCAGUCUGUACAUUCUUCAGUGUUACUGAGAUACAUGUAAGUUGAAUAUAUUUGCUUGUUGUCAAUGGGUUGAUUCCUAGGAACACAUAGCUCCUACAGCCAGAAAAAGGCAAUACAGUAUUUAAAGUCAAACAGUGCUCUCACACCAUCUUCUGGCUCAUGCUGGUAUUGCUUCUUCUUGUGACAAACCAGUGGAUACCAUCACCUUUACCAGGGGGUCAUGAUCUGGAGAUACUAUUACCAUCUAAGCUUAUCCAUAUGGUUCUCUUUGUCUGUCCUGGUUACAGAACUGCACCUGUUAAAAUCUACGAAGAUAAUGUUACAAAAAAGCUUUUGUUUGUUGAAAUAUAAAGAAAGCACACAAGUUCAAAAGGUGAAAUUAUAAUCAUAAUAUUUAACUAGACUGUUUCUUUUUUUAUUUAUAGACAGAAGUGGAGCAAAAGAUUUGAGUGCCUUUUGUGCACAACAUCAAUUUUUAUUGGACUUUUAUAUUUACUUUUUUUUACUGUAAUAUGUUGUCUAUUAGUUGUUUAUUAUAAACUGAUGUUGCUUUUUUAUCUUUGCUUUCUACUGCUACUCGGUCGUCAAAACCACAAUGAAUACAUCAUGUAAAGAUAUUUUACUCAUGAAUUACAAAAGAAUCAUGAUGAAACGCUCAUCUAUGUUUGGGCUGAAGACUUUGGCUGAUCGCUGAAGACUACUGUAUAUGCGAUUUACUGCUGAGGUUCAGUAGAAUCAUCUCAGAAUAUUUCUCUAAUAUUUUUGUUUUCCAUGUGAACUGCCUGUGCUGUGGUUGAGCCGUAACUUGUCAUUUAGCUCCUUCCCUUCAUUGCACUGAUGUUGGAAACAGAGGGACUGAUAUGGACCGUCCUCUUGCAGAGGUUAUAAGGCACUCUGUGCGCUCUCCUUCUCCCUACAUGUGAUACUACCAGACAUUUUCUUUCCUGGAAUAUAUGCUGAAAUGUGUAACACUGUUAGUCUGCUGACAUGAGAAGACAAUAAGUUAAUAUUCAAAAAGGGCAUCACAGUAAGAGAGCAGACCGUCAUGUGGGGACCGGAGUGUGAGUUGCUGUCACACUGUUAACCUUCUCUUUGAUUGUUUGUCUAGUGAUGCUGUUUGUUGAUGAGUGUCUGGUUGGUUGAAACCCUGUGAUGUAAUGAACACCAUACCACUGACUGGAUGUAGAAAACCCCUGCAUCCAAAUAAAACCAUUAUUUCUCUGUGA